CGGCUCGUGUUGUGACGUGAUUGGUCGUGGGCGCGUCACGUGGCUUUUCCUCGCCUGCCAUUGUCUGUCGUCAUCCUCAUUAGGGCGUGUGCUGGAUCUGCUGCUGUUGACUCGGGCGUUUUGUCUUCCUGCCAGCCGGGAUGCGGAGCCUGCGUCGCGGCUACAACCGCGCGCCUUCACCGUGACGUGCGCGGAUGAAUCGAAGCGUGAAAAAAAAGACAAAGAGGGAGAAAGGGGCGCGGUUCCUCUGUAUUUUUAGCCAUGUCCAACAAGGGGAAGGCGUGCGAGUCGGUCCGGGUGGUGGUCCGCUGUCGUCCGCCCAGUAACAAGGAAGCGACGGCCGAUAAGGGGAGCUCCAUCCUGGAAGUGGACGCCGAGUUGGGCCGCAUCUGCGUCCGUAACCCGAGCGCUCUACCCGGCGAGCCUGCCAAGGAGUUCACCUUCCACUCGGUGUUCGGCUGGGGCUCCACCCAGUGCGAGGUGUACGACGACGCCGUCAGGCCCCUGGUGGACUCGGUUCUGCUGGGCUUCAAUGGCACGGUUUUCGCCUACGGCCAGACCGGGACGGGGAAGACGUGGACCAUGAGGGGGGUGCCGGCCGAUACGGAGAAGCGAGGCGUCAUCCCCAACGCCUUCCAUCACAUCUUCGCACACAUCUCGCGCAGCCGGGGAGAAAAGUACCUGGUCCGGUCUUCCUACUUGGAGAUCUACCAAGAAGAAAUCCGGGACCUGCUCAUGGAACGCGGCAGGAAACUGGAGCUCAAGGAGAGUCCUGAGGAAGGCGUCUACGUCAAGGACCUGUCCUGGGUGGUUACCAAGGACCCAGCAGAGAUGCACCACCUGCUGACGCUAGGCGACCGUUGCCGCUCAGUGGGCUCUACCGACGCCAACCGCUGCAGCUCACGCUCACACGCUAUCUUCGCUGUGACGGUGGAAUGCGGGUCCGAGUCCGAGGAGCCGGUACGCGUGGGGCGCCUCAACAUGGUGGAUCUGGCCGGGAGCGAGCGCCAAAGCCGGACCGGCGCCAGGGGCGGCCGCCUGCGCGAGGCAGCCAAGAUCAACCUGUCGCUGUCCGCCCUGGGGAACGUCAUCUCUGCGCUGGCGGAUGGCAAGGGGUGCCACGUACCCUACAGGGACUCCAAACUCACCCGGCUCCUGCAGGACUCACUGGGCGGCAACUCCAAGACGGUCAUGAUCGCCACGGUGGGGCCCUCGGAGCGGGACCGGCACGAGUCCCUGGCUACCCUGCGGUACGCCGGCCGAGCCAAGAACAUCAAGAACAAGCCCCGCGUCAACGAGGACCCCGAGGCUGCCCUCCUCAGGGACUUCCAGAGGGAGAUCGCCAGGCUCAAGGCCCUCCUGGAGGAGCGAGGCGCCCUGGCCAGGGAGCGACGACAGUGUCGGCGGGACAGCAAGCGACUCAGCAGGGACCUCGCGCAACUGUGGAAGGAUGAUGAGGGAGAAGCUGGCGAGGGGCCCCCAAUGAAGUGGCGCCACUCCAGCGGGAAAAUGGAUGAUGGCCAGUGGGAUCAGGAGGCCGUGGAAAAGAUCGUUGAGAAGUACAAGGCCAUGGAGAGCAAACUACUAGAGGGAGGCAAGACCAUCAUGGAUCACACCAACGAGCAGCAGAAGUUGCUGGAACAGAAGCGUCAAGAGAUCGCCGAGCAGAUCCGCCGGGAGCGGGAAAUGCAGCAGCAGAUGACGCUUCAGGACGAGGAGACGCUGGAGAUGAGGGAGACCUUCUCCUCGCUGCAGCAGGAAGUGGAGAUGAAGACCAAGAAGCUGAGGAAGCUAUACGCUAAACUGCAGCUGGUUUGGGCCGAGAUGCGCGACGUGAUGGACGAGCACGUGGCAACCCGGCAGGAACUCGAGCAGACGCAGGAUGAACUCACCCAAGAGCUCAAGUACAAAUCCCUGCUGAUGGAGAAUUUCGUGCCUCCUGCUGAAAAGAAGAAGAUGAUCGACAGACUUCACUUUGACGACGAGGAGGAUCAGUGGGGGCUCAUGUCGGUCAUCCCGUCGGAAAGCACGGCCACUCGGGUGAAGCGAAGACCUCUCUCUGCCGUGGGAUACAAGCGUCCAAUCAGCCAAUAUGCCCAAGCUGCCGUCGCUACGGCAACCGGAGCCCCAUCCAGAUAUCAGGCUGAAAACAUCAUGCUCCUGGAACUGGACGUGUCUCCGCCCAGCAUGUUCACCCUCAACCUUCACGGGUCUCGACUGGAGAGGGUGUUUUCGCCCAGCUUGGACGUCGUCAUGCGGGAAAGGACCCGGUCGUCGGCGCGGCUCAGGAAGUCCCGAUCCUGCGUUCCAGGUAUCAGGCCCCACAAGCAGCGUGCGUUUCAGCAUCCGUGUCAUCCAUCGCUUUGACGUCACUCUCUCAGGGUCUGGGUCACAGACCCAGACCGUCCUCGGCCGCCUGCGUCGCACCCGAGGCGUCUCUUCGAACCAGCCCUUGAGUAGGACAUGGCUAUGGACUGCCAAAGUCAUUUGGCGUGGGACAACGGACGCCACUAAGCAUGAGGACCUGCUACAGUAACUGCUGCUUUCCAGCAAAGCCGAUGUCAGCAAAAAGCACAGCCAAACGCUUUCAUGUUUGAGCAUUUCGUUUGCAUUUUUGGGGAGUAUUGGUGGUGGUGACAUGUGUCGCUCGCUAUUGUAACUGGGAGGAAAAUAUGGUUUACAUGAGAAAGGCUUGCACAGGCUAUUUAGCUGCCUUAUUUUUUUACAUUGACGACAUUGUGACAAGUGAAUUGAAUGUACUGUGCUUCAAUGUGAAAAUAAAGAUUUUGGGGCCAGGGAUAAAACAGCACUUUUUCAAAUGUGCUUUCAAUUAAAAAAUAAAUCAAUAGAAUAUUGUA